AUGACGUACUUGGAACCUGUUGAGAAUUCAUUUGGUCGCAGACUUUGGGAAGCCUUGAUGGAUGCCGAGCAGACAGUGGUGGAGAGCCGAGGAGGGAUCAUGGACAGCAUACAGAGAUUCUCAAACCUGCCAACGUAUCUCCCCGCGAGCUAUCACAUCUGCAAUGCCGAUGUUUUCUUCUUCCUUAAAGAAGCCAACCAGGAUAUCAUGAGGAACUCCAGUUUGCAGUCUAGGGUGGAUUCAUUCUUUAUAUACAAAUCCAAACUACCACCCAUCCUAAAUGCCACGUAUGGACCUUUUUCUGUUGAACAGGCUGUUCCCUUGGACUUCAUGCUCUCUUCUGCAUCUUUUGGUUUCACAAAUAAAUUCACUUUUAAUUGGAAAUUAAAAUCGCACAUAAUUGACAGCUCGAUCUAUUCCAACAAGCCUAAAAUACAAACCUUGUUCUAUAUUGCGGGGAAAGACUGGGAUGACAAUAGUUCUGCGGAGAGUUUGCCUUGCGUGAAGAUGUUUGCCUUCCUGGAAUCUAGAGAAGUUGUGGCCAGCUGUAGAUUGACAGGUCAUCUCGGAUUAUGUGUUGCAGAGCUGGAAUUAUCUCCUAGCUGGUUCAGCUCCCCUCCACCCCUGGUUUCAGAGGAAACAGCCUCCUUGGAAGGGAUUACUGUGGAGCUCUUCUAUAAGAUUUAUACAGCAGAUGGGGAAUGUUCUCCAGAGGAUGCAAAAUGGGAAAACAAUAUCCAUGCAGGUCAAGAUAAUGAACAGAAGGCUUUGCCAGCUAUGGAGAGGAUUGGUAGCAUCAUUGUUUACCCAAAUCACGACAAAUUAAAACAGUCUUCACUGAGGCUAGAUGAGAAUGUCGUCAUCCGCUUGCCACUCAGCCCUGUCAGAGAAGGUGAUGUUGUGACCUUUCACGUUUCCCUGGCCGAUGACUCUCUAGCAGACCAGUUUGUAUUAAGAAUUAGGACAGCCCCAGGCGUGAAGAUCAUGGACGUCAGAGUCAGUGAUGCAGACCAGUGGGGGGUUCAAGAAGAGACGGAUAGUGCAAGGACCACUGCCACAAUCACCUGUGUGCACAACGACCCAGACCCAGAGAGCAGAGCAAACAUCUCCUCCUAUGAGAUCCUGCAGAUGGACUUUGAGAUUGACAAUGCUAGCAGCCUGGCAGGGGCCCAGCAAAUUACCUGGCAGGUGGAAUACCCUCGAGAUGACUCCCUGAGUGAACUGGUGGUCUCUGAGAUCUUUGUCAGCCGAACAAUGUUUGCUGGAAUUGUUCCUCUUGCGAUGGACACGGAAGUCCUUAACACGGCCAUCCUGACGGGCAAAACAGUGUCUGUUCCAGUCAAGGUCGUUGCUGUGCAGGAGGAUGGGUCGGUGGUUGAUGUUUCGGAGUCCACUGAGUGCAAAUCGGCUGAUGAAGACGUCGUAAAGGUUUCUGACAGAUGUGACUCCAUCUUCGUUAAUGGCAAGGAAAUGAAAAGCAAAGUGGAUACUAUUGUUAACUUCACUUACCAGCAUUUUACCACCCAAUUAGAAGUGACGGUCUGGGUUCCACGCCUCCCACUGCAGAUAGAGAUAUCUGAUACAGAGCUUAGCCAGAUCAAAGGCUGGAGGAUACCUGUCACCUCCAAUAAAAGGCCUACCCGUGACAGUGAGGACGAAGAGGAUGAUGAGAAAAAAGGAAGAGGUUGCACCCUUCAGUAUCAGCAUGCCAUGGUGCGAGUCCUCACCCAGUUCGUAGCUGAAUCCUCUGAGCUUGGAGGCCACUUGACCUACAUGCUAGGCUCUGAGUGGCAGUUUGAUAUAACUGACCUUGUGACUGAUUUCAUGAAGGUAGAAGAACCCAAGAUUGCUAAGCUUCAGGAUGGCCGAGUGCUGGUUGGUCGGGAGCAUGGCAUCACCACAGUCCAGGUUCUGUCACCUCUUUCUGAUUCCAUCUUGGCGGAGAAGACCGUGGUAGUUCUAGAUGACCGUGUAACUAUUACAGAUCUAGGAGUACAACUAGUUUCAGGCUUGUCCCUUUCCUUACAAAUCAGCAAAGGAAAUAAGAGAGCUAUUGUUUCUACCACUUCUGCAUAUGAUAUUCUUCAUACUCCAAAACAGGAAGCCAUAGUCAGUGCUUGGAUUUUGUUCAGUGAUGGGUCAGUGACACCAUUAGAUAUUUAUGACUCCAAGGAUUUCUCGAUCACCAUCACUUCACUGGAUGAGAUGGUAGUGUCUACGCACCAAAACCUUCAGUCAAAAUGGCCUGGGGUAGUGGCAGAAGGGGAUGGGCAAGGACCUCUGAUUAAAAUUGAAAUGGUCAUCAGUGAACCAUGUCAGAAGACUAAGCGAAAGAGCAUUCUGGCUGUUGGGAAAGGUAGCGUCAAAGUGAAGUUUGGUCAAAAAGAUGCUGACCAAAAAGGAAGCAGUAAUGACAUUGAUGAGACAGAUAGAGAUUUUAAAAGCCAUGCAAGCAAUGCUAUAGAAAAACCUGCAGAACAAGAUAGGACAGCACAGGAAUGGUCCAAAAAUGGAGCCCUUGGUAAUCACGACGACAAUGCAAACAAAAGCACAACUUUCAUAUCUCCCAUUGAUCAGGAGUCCCUUGAGGAUGACCAGCUCCAAAAUAAUCCAACUGCCUUUACAGGUUUCCCUGCGCAAGUAGAAAUACCAGGAGAAAACAAUCCCAGUGAUCUCACAUUGACUUCAAGAGGAUUAACAGAUUUGGAGAUUGGCAUGUAUGCCCUGCUGUGUGUUUUCUGCUUAGCUAUCUUGGUGUUUUUGAUUAACUGUGUGGCAUUCGCUUGGAAAUACAGGCAUAAAAGGUUUGCUGUGAGUGAGCAAGGCAACAUCCCCCAUUCCCAUGAUUGGGUCUGGCUUGGAAAUGAGGUUGAACUGCUGGAGAACCCAGUUGACAUUUCACUCCCAUCAGAGGAGUGCACUACCAUGAUUGACAGAGGAAUGCAGUUUGAAGAAAGCAACUUUCUCCUUAAUGGGAGUUCUCAGAAGACUCUUCAUAAUCAUAUCCUCAGAUCUUCUGAGUACAUUUGUGAAAAAGAAGUUAAAAGCGAACCUAUAAAUCCUUCUGGGCCAAAGCAGAAGCGAGUGAAGUUCACUUCCUAUACAACAAUACUGCCAGAGGAUGGAGGCCCCUACACCAACUCAAUUCUAUUUGACAGUGAUGAUAAUAUUAAAUGGGUAUGCCAAGAUAUGAACCUUGGUGAUUCCAAGGAACUUAGGGACUAUAUGGAAAGACUGCAAGACAGUAUGUAA